AUUCCUGCAGGUCAAGCAUGCCUCCACACGCCUGCUCUCAGGUGUUCAGCUUUGAACUUUGAUUUAUCUUGUGUUUUUAGUGUUGUUUUACUCUGAAAUCGUGUUUAAUCCGGGUCAGGGCGUUGUGUGAGGCUGGGAACAGUGCAGGGUUGGUGUGAGAGGGGGAAUGAAGCUGUAAACGGGAGCGAGUUGCUGCUGCUGCUGCGGUUUAAUGAGGAGGAGGUGAGGGCGUGUUAACCGGGCAGGUAUCCGGACUCAGGCUGGGUUCAGUCCGUUACUGAGAGGAAAAUCUGCACACCGGGACACGGGGAGGAUCCCGGGCUUUCUGACGCCUGAUUUUCCUCUUUUACACAGAAGGUGAAACCUACUUGGCUGACAGCAGACCGGAGGAGCAGCUGGGUGAGCUGGGAGAGGAGGACGACAUGCGGCAGAAUGAGAAGUACCAGUCCGUUCCUGAAGAGGAUCAGGGCCUGGACCUCGACGAUUCUAAACUAGCUGGAGAUAUUGGAUACGACGAUGGUGACUCCAUACUUCUGAACCAAACAUCCAGCAAAGGUCCUCUGCAUUCCAAGCUGGGGCCGUACUUUCACGAUGGUCAGCGACGGGUCGACUAUGUCCUCACCUACCAUGUGGAGAAAGACCCCCGCAGCCGCCACAGCUCUUCCAAAACCUUCGUCCGGAGCCUGAGGGAGAGCCUGAGCCGCAGCUUCAGACGCAGCCGGACCGACUCCUGCCCUCCUGAAGACCCUGAGAUAGCGGCUCAGGAGCAGAGGCUGGACUACCAUGAGGACGACCUGCGCUUCCGCAGAGAUGAGUUUGAGCACAAGCUCAUGGACAUGGGCCUGGAGGUGGAGAAGGAGGAAGGGAAUAAAAUCCCGGGAGUGGGCUUUCUGAAGAUUCAUGCACCCUGGAAUGUCCUCUGUCGAGAAGCAGAGUUUAUGAAGCUCAAGAUGCCCACCAAAAAAAAAUAUGAUGUCAGUACUGGAAGUAACGUGGUCGAGAAAAUCAACUUGUUCAUCCACAAAGUUACUGCACCUCUGUAUCCUAAAGUGGAGGAGAAUCGCGUCCAGACUGAGAAACACCUCUCCUAUCCAUUCUCCAGAGAAAAGCAGCACCUAUUUGACCUGUCAGACAGAGAUUCCUUCUUCAACAGCAAAAUCCGCUCUUCAAUCGUGUACGAGAUUAUAAAAAGAACAAAGUGCACGAAGAGCAAGUACACUAUGGGCAUCAGCAGCCUACUUGCCAAUGGAGUCUACACAUCAGCCUACCCGCUGCAUGAUGGGGAUGUUGAGGGCGUUAACGUGGAGCCGAAUGACCGAAAGCUCUUGUACGAGGAGUGGGCGAGUUACAGCAUCUUCUACAAGUACCAGCCCAUUGGACUGAUCAGGAAGUACUUUGGAGAGAAAGUAGGUCUGUACUUCGCCUGGCUGGGUGUGUACACUCAGAUGCUGAUCCCAGCAGCGAUCGUGGGCGUCAUCGUGUUCUUGUAUGGCUGUGCCACCGUGGACGACAACAUCCCCAGUAUGGAGAUCUGUGAUGAGAGGAAUAACAUCACCAUGUGCCCGCUGUGCGACCGCGCCUGCAGCUACUGGAAACUGACCGAAGCCUGUGGCACUGCCAGGGCUAGCCACCUGUUCGACAACACUGCCACCGUCUUCUUCUCCAUAUUCAUGGCGCUCUGGGCCACUAUGUUCAUGGAGCACUGGAAGAGGAGGCAGAUGAGGCUCAAUUACAUCUGGGACCUGACCGGCUUUGAAGACGAGGAGGAGGAACUUAAGAACCACCCACGAGCAGAGUACGAGUUCCAUGUCAUGCAGAAGAACCUGAAGAAAGAAGCAGCAUCAAAGCCCAGGAAGAAGAAGCUGACAUGCACAGACAGGAUGCCAGCUUACAUGACCAUCCUCAUCAUGAUGGUCUUUUUGAUCUUUGUGACUUUCUCCAUCGUGUUUGGAGUGGUUUUGUACAGGAUCUCUAUUAAGACCGCCCUGCACAUGAGCUCCACCUCCACCUUCCGCUCCAACGUCCGGGCCACGGUCAAAACCACCGCUGCUGUCAUCAACCUCAUCAUUAUCAUUAUCAUGGAUGAGAUCUAUGGAGUCGUGGCACGAUGGCUUACUGUUAUGGAGGUCCCGAAAACUGACAAAAGUUUUGAGGAGAGGCUGAUUUUCAAGGCGUUCAUCCUGAAGUUUGCAAAUGCCUUCACUCCGAUUGUGUACCUGGCGUUCUUCAGGGGCAGGCUCAUUGGUCGGCCAGGCAACUAUUUCUAUGUCAUAGGGUCCUACCGGAUGGAGGAGUGCGCUCACGCCGGCUGUCUGAUGGAACUCUGCAUUCAGCUGUGCAUCACCAUGCUGGGCAAGCAGCUCAUCCAGAACAACUUGUUUGAGAUUGGAAUUCCUAAACUAAAGAAACUGAUUCGGCGUCGUAAGUCAAAGAGGGACUCCAAACAGGAAGAGGAGUUUUACAGAACACUUGCUAGCCAUGAGAAGGACCACUUCCUCAACCCCUACGUUGGCCUGAAUCCAGAGUAUAUGGAGAUGAUCAUCCAGUUUGGGAUGGUGACACUGUUUGUGGCCUCCUUCCCUCUGGCUCCUCUGUUUGCACUUUUGAACAACGUCAUCGAGAUCCGCCUUGACGCCAAGAAGUUUGUCACUGAGUUCAGGCGGCCUAUCGGUGCUAGAGCAAAAGAUAUCGGCAUCUGGUACAAUCUUCUGAGAGGCCUGAGUAAAGUGGCCGUGAUAGUGAAUGCAUUCGUGAUCUCCUUCACGUCGGAUUUUAUCCCACGCUUGGUGUACCAGUACGUGUACAGCCCUGACGGGACCCUGCAUGGCUUCAUCAACCACACCCUCUCCUACUUCAACGUCACUGACUUCCAACCCAACACGGACCCUCUGGACCCGCUGCAUCUGGGCUACAGAGUGGACAUCUGCAGGUUCAAGGACUACAGAGACCCUCCCUGGUCAGACACCCCAUAUGAACUGUCUAGAGAAUUCUGGAACAUUCUGGCUGCCCGGCUGGCCUUUGUCAUCGUGUUUCAGAACGUGGUGAUGUUGAUGAGCGAUUUCGUGGACUGGCUGAUCCCAGACAUCCCCAAAGACAUCAGUGUGCAGAUCCACAAGGAGAAGAACCUGAUAGUGGAGCUCUUCAUGAAAGAGGAGCAGGGCAGGAGGCUUUUACACAAGAGACAGAGCAACCAGAGCCCCCAGCAGCCCCGCUCCCGCCCCCCCUCGCAGAUCCAGACCAACAACCGCUAGUCCCAGUGCCACUUCCAUCCACACCAGAGCGUGCCAUCACUGAGCCUCAGCCAAACCUUCUACCAGUGUCUCCCUGCCGCCGCGGGCUGGCGGGCCGGCUGCCGGAGAUUAUUCUAGAGAUUAUGGUUACGGGGGGAUGUUACAGGACUGCCAUCUUUCUUGCACAGCACAGCUUGUUGCUUGAUGUUUAUUUUUUUCUGUCUGUUACUUUAAACUGAACGUGAACUAAAUGCAGGGAAGUUGUUUUAUGGAUAUGCAAAUUGUGACGUUCUGAUGGUUCGGAAAGCUGACAGGAAAGUCUUAUUUACUUUGUUUGUGUACGAAGCAGAAAAACGUAUCUUAAUGUAGUUUGUGUUGAUAUGAACUCUUUGUAGAGAAAAAGCUUCCUUUUUCUUUGAUCGACAGAGCUUUUAUAUGGAUUUUAUUUAAACCAUAAAUAGAAAAAUAUCAGAUGUUUUAAUAUAAUCUAAGAAAAAUAAAAAUGGUCCAAACUGUCUUAAUAAUGAAUAUUCAAAACUUUGUUCGCAAAUGUUUGUCGUUAUUUCAUAAUAAAUAUUUUAGAAAGUGUCACUUCAGUCUGUGAGAUAUCGUGCUUGGUUUUGGGAAUGACAUUUCAGGACACUUCAGGCCACAGUGUUGGUGGAUGACUGGUAUUUAUAUUUGUGAUAUUUUGUGUUUGCUGGUAAAAACUACAGAAUUAUUCCAGAAUGUUGGCUGCUCGUUUAAUUUGGGAAUUAGGUUAAAGGGUAAUCCAUAUUGUCAAAUGUUCUGCAUAGUCAAAUUAUUAGAGUGGUUUGAUGUGAUAUUCUUGAUUCCACAGAACCAGGACAGAAUUGUUAAUAUAUGUUGCAAAAUCAACAUAAAAGACAAACAUAUUAUAACAACACUGCUAUUAUUUUACAUUAGAACAGGAGCUUCAAAUCCAUUGUGAUGCUUCACUGACUGUAAUUGGAAGAAAAGCAUUAGUAUCACUGCUAUGUCAGCCUGAGUCAUAAUUGUGUAAAAUCCUGUAUUAAUUAUAUUUGCAUUGUUAUUUCGUGACUGUUCUGUGUCUCUUAGCUUGGCCAGAAAAGUGUAUCCUUUAGGGGUGUGGUUCGAAGCACAAAUAACAUUUUCUUCCAUAGUGUUGCUCUAAAUAGAAUGAAUAUGUAAGCCUCCCAGUUGCAUACUACUCACUAAUACGAUAAGAUAUAUAUUAUAUAAUAAUCUUAAUAGUGCAGGUUUGGCAGGUUAAUACACAAAAUAAUUAUGUAAUAUAAACUAACCUCUUUUGUACCAACAGGAUAAAGCUGCGGCAACACUUACAUUAUUAUCCAUCGCAUUGUGUUCAUCAUAACUACUCUCCAAAACUGACCAUUCUGUGUAUGUAUGAUGGAUAUUUGAUUAUAUUCAGUUUUUACACUUCAUGUACAUUACAUCUUACAUACUCACAAAGUAGUUAGUAUUAGUAAUUAGUACGUAAUUGUGAUGCACCCUCUAAAUAUGCUGUCUGAUGCCGCUGCUAUAUAGUAUAUCUGUUAGGAGGUUUUAAUUAUUGUUUUAUUGAAUUAUAAUCGUUUUAAAAAUUAGAGGACGCCGGUUAAAUUUUUAGAGUAAAUAAAUUGUUUUAUUUAUGUUGUUGAUAUCAUGAGAUUACCACCAAUGUGAUUAUGUAGUCUAAGAUUAAUUAAAAAUAUUUUGGUCAAUUGUUACAAUUCCUCUUUAAGGAAAAAAAACUUAAUUAACUUUAUUUUAAAAGUGAGAUUUUUUAUUGGACAGCUAAAUACAUUUCAGUUGCAGCAAAUCUAGACGGGACUGAACACUGAUUUUAUUGUGAGCAUGAAUGUAAAAAUAUGUCAGAUAUGAUACAAUAUGAUAUAUGUAAAUGUGUCUGAUGUGAAAUUACAGUGAAUAUGUUGAGGUUUGUUUCGUAGGACACAGCUUGAGGCCUUAAAAUACUGUUGAAUGAACUAAAUGAACUAAACUGUCUGUUGUGGCUUUAGCUUCUCUUUUUAGCUUUUCUGCUGAAUGUAAUCUGGAUGGGGACAACCUCCAGUUAGAGGGGUUUAAAUGAAGCCUCGCCUUCCAGUCUUGCUUGUUAGAUGAUCUAUUUGUGAAGUGUGUAAUGUUUUAGCUGUGGGAUUGGAAGGGUGCACUGCAUGUGUGUUACUGUAUUCCAUCAUUUUCUAGAUUUUCUAGAUAUAUCUGGAUGGAAAGAUGAUGUUGGUGAGGCUUUUAUUUUUAAGUGUUGGAAUUGUUGGAAUGUAAUUCUGCACUUAAAUCUGAUGCUUAAAUCAGUUCAUUUUUUCAUUUUAUCCCAUUUAAUAAAUGUUCUCUUCACACUGAGGUUAGCGCUGUACGAAUAAGGGAUUAAACCUAGUCUUGGACUAUGAAGCAUUUUGAAUGGAGAUUUAGGUAGUACUUGACAAAAAGGGUCACAAAUAACAUUAUAUUUAAGUAAAGUCUCAACUAAUUAUUGAUAGUAGUUAAGACAUUAUUGAAACAUUAAUACAUUUUAAUUCUUAAAAAUGUUGUAAAUACAAGACAAAAGUAAGUAAUGAAUAAUAAUGUCUUAUCUGGUAUCAGUUAAUAAUUAGUUGAGACAUUCUGCUGUAGGUACUGAUAUUCAAUGUAGCCUCAUUGUAAAGUGUAAAGAGAUUUCUCUUUGAAAGUAAAAUACAAUCUACAGCUAGGCUUAAUCUCUGUGCAAUAAAUCAAUACAACAUGUUAUUUUAAAUUGAUCAUUUCUGUUCAAAAUAUUGUGUAGUCUAAGACUAGGCUUAAUUCCUGUCUGGGAACCUGUCCCUAAAAAUAUUACUCCUCCUUCUCCGAGCCAAAGAGGUUGUUUUAGCUCAGUUCAGUGGAUAAAAUAAAAUCUAAGUGUAAAUACUAUAUAAAGACUGUUACUCUGUUCAUGUGAUGUAAUGUAGAUCUACAGCCAGAAGAAACGACUCUUCCAUUUAACUUUACUAGAUUUUCUAAUACAACUUCCAUACAUACAGACAUUCCAGCUGCGUCCAAAACCCGUAGACUUUAGGUAAUUAGUUAUUACACUAAUAAUGAAUGUACUACUAGCGUUGGUGUACUAUUUAGUAUUAUAUCAUGCUGUUUUGGACGCAGCCUCUGCAUGGCAUUUGCCAUUCUGCCCAAAUAAACGUCACCAACUUGGAAUAGGUCAGUUUUCUAUGAUACUGUCUCUGGUUUUGCUUGAUUAUCUCAUCUAUUAUUACCGUUCACUGUGGUAAACUUCUAUUCCUGUAUUUCCAGAGAGAAAAUAAAACAUAGAACCUGAAAUGCCUGAAA